AGAAAAUGCAAGGGCGCAUUGGUUCUAUAAAAUUUUCCGACUUUCCAUUGGCUGGCCAUUUCCCAUUUCCACUCCACUCAAAUCGAAAAUUGCAUGCGCAAGUUUAAAGCGCAAGGUGGCUUGUACAAGUUGUGGUCUAGUAGGUCCGUGAGAUUUUCAUAAAACCCAACAUUUUCCUUGUUAGUUUUUACAUGUAAUAUGUCAUUAAUGUGCGUCACAUAAACGACAGCAUCUGACAGUGACUUUUAACAACAAAUUAGUCGCCUAGUUCCUACUUUUAUUGAUUCCUCAUAUCAACAAAAAUGUUUACUGGACUCACUAGUCAGGUCUCCUCAUGGAUGGGCAGUGUUAAGGGUGAUCAAGAGGAAAAAGUUCCAACACCUACAGAGGACAGCAAUGUACUUGUUGGUUCUGAGAAGAAAGAAGGAAGUCCAACUAAAGCAAGCGGUGGAGGAGGAAAGCUAGAGAUGUUUUCAAAUGUGAAAAACAAGGUUGAGGGUAUUGGAGGUUGGUUGGGAUCCAGUAUUCCAAAAUUAAGAAAGUCAGACACCGAUAAUCCUACUGAUGGUCAGGACCAACCGCCUAUUGCAGAAGCUUCAGAACCUCACACUUCUGAAAUCCACGCCCCCAAGGACGAUGAUGAUAACUCAAGAAAUUACAGUGCUACCGGGGGAGCUGACUCUGGACCCCAGUCUGCGGCUGAAUCUCCCACUGAAGAUAAAGAUAGUCAAUUCGUAAACGUACAAACUAAAGCUUUAGCAGGCGCUAAAUCCUUUGGUAGUUUUCUUUAUUCUGCUGUAAAUAAAGCUGGUAAGACCGUGAGCGAGGCAAGUGCUAAGAUAAAAGAAUCAGUCGAGAAAAAUAGCAUAUUAGGAGAGUUCAACAGAGAACAAGAAGCAUUCAUGAAAUCUCAGAAUGAAAACUCUGCCUCACCAUUGCCCCCAUGGGUAGGUUGUGCUAAUGAAGAGGCUCUCAAGGAUGAAUGCCUCAGUUUGUCCAUGGACCGUAGAAAUUUCGUUCGUAGUCCACCAGCUGGUGUAGACUUCCAGUUCGACUACCAAGUGUCGUACCCAAUUGCUAUGGCGAUAAUGGAACAAGACCCCAACCUGGAAAAAAUGCGUUACGAACUUGUGCCUAAAGUAAUUUUAGAAGAAGAUUUCUGGAGGAAUUAUUUUUAUCGUGUAAGCCUAAUUUGUCAAGCCAAUGAAUUAUCUUUUAUGUCGAGAGAAGGAGAUAGUCAAUCUGCUACGGAAACCUACACCUCUGAUCCACUCAUAGUAGAUGAUAGUACAAAAAAAGAUAUGCAUGAAUUUGUAUCUGACACACUUCAAGCCAGUAGUGAAGAUUUAAAUGAAGUACGUGAAGGAAUGAAAAAAUUAGCUUUAGGAUCCAAGAACAAUGAAGAAGAAUGGGAGAAAGAGCUAGAGGCUGAACUACAAGACUACGAGAUGGUCAGUGAGCAGAAAUCAACCAAUUCCAAGAGCGACAACUGGGAACAAGAGAUAGAAGAAAUGCUUCAGGACGAGACUGAUUUGAAGUGAAUUUUUUUUGUAUUUUUAAUACUCUGACUGAUAUGUUAUAUAAUAUACAUUCUGGAACUAGUUAGGGCCUAUUUUACGGUGAGUAAGGAUUGUGAGAUAUAUUCCAAACUGGUUAUUUAACAUCACAGUGUUAUGUACAACUAUCAAACUCAAGGACAAAUUUACUGCCAAAUGAAACAUUCCAAGAAACCACGUAUAUAUAUAUAUAUAUAUAUAUAUAUAUAUAUGUAUAUAUAUAUAUAUAUAUAUAUAUAUAUAUAUAUAUAUAUAUAUAUAUAUAUAUAUAUAUAUAUUCUAAAACACUAUACAACAGUGUUGAAAUUAUCGGGAAUUGCGGUCUGUGGCUUAGAUUGAAACUACAUUUAAUUCUGUUGAAUUCGAUAUUUCGAUGAGUAUUUAUUAAUUCCAUUCCAUAACAACAGGACACCAAUUUAAUUUGUCAGAUAUCAAGAUCUUAGAUUCAGAAAGCAAUUAUAAGAAAAGAUUGUUCCUCGAGAUGUACCACAUAAACAGUAAUAAACGUUCAAUUAAUUACAAAUCAGACACAAGUAGAUUAAGCGAAAUUUACUGCAAUGUUUUAAAAUUCGAAAAAUAGCAGAAUAUUAAACAGAUGGCUCGAUAUUGGAACUUUUGACCCUUAACACAUGUGAGAAAAGAUACCUGACUCAGUGCCGCCCUCGACGUUCUCGUGAAACGACAUGCAUAGCUUUAAGUUAAAUUGCUUUAUAUAACAUACCUACAACAAUUCGUAAGUUAUAUCAUUGUAAUAUUACGUUUGUACCUAACUGUUAGUUAAUUUUGUAGUUUGUUCCUGAUGAAGAUGAAAAAUUAAUAAAUACUCAUCGAAAUAUCGAAUUCAACAGAAUUAAAUGUAGUUUCAAUCUAAGCCACAGACCGCAAUUCCCGAUAAUUUCAACACUGUUUUAUAGUGUUAUAGAAUAUACUUGCACGGUCGAUAAAUACAUCGGAUCCGAAUCCAGUUCUAUAUAUAUAUAUAUAUAUAUAUAUAUAUAUAUAUAUAUAUAUGUGUGUGUGUGUACGUACAUAAAUACAUAUAAAUAGUCAUUUUGUCCACGGAUCACCAGCAAGUUUGAUAUUUUAAAUAUUUAAAGCCAGCUAAAAGUAACACAGUUUGAACGAUUAGCAGCAAGAGCUUGUGCAAUACAAGCUGUCUGACAAAUGGCGAAAAUGUAUCCUAAUGGCAAAAAUAUAACUUUUAUUAUAACUUAAAGGUCGUGUUCUUACCAAAAACAACCGGCGACCUUAACGCAUUUACAAUAAGAUCCUAACUUUAGUUGAGUUGCUCUUGUGUACUUACUGACAUCAACUGUUUUUAAGCUUCUUGUGCUCGACGAGAGCCACAAAAGUUAAAAGAUUUUGCUGUCUCGUCCUCUAUGACUAAGCUAUUCUUGGCAACUGUAGAGGGCAAGUGGCGUCGGCGACGCGGUAUGUAGCGCUGCCAGCAACUAAUGAGCAACUGGUUGAGUUGUUGUUGAGUUUAUCGUUGUUUUGUCGGUUAAAAGAAGCCUUUUAUUAGGUGAAAACACGUGUAAUUAAACAUUAGCGCUGAGUCGCGUUGCUGUUCUGUUGCGGUCGCUGGUUGCUUUUGGUGAGAACAGCCCCAAAUGGUUGAAUAUGAAAAUGAAUUAUUAUUAGAUUUAUGUUUGUAAAUUUAACUCUGAUGGAGAUCGUAGCUAAAUAGUUGUUCAUGAGAAAAAUGAUAGUGUUGGUCAUGGUGAAGUUGAGAAGAUAGAAUAGUGAUAGGACUUGGAUGGUCAUGCUUUCCAAGGUGCCUUGGUAAAUGCGAACUCAAGUAGUGCUUCCCACUAUAUAUUUUUACAUGAACGUAUACUAACAAGCAAUGCACUGGAACAUAAAAAGACACUUAAGUAAAGUGCCGGUAAGAUAUAGUUUUUUAAUUUUAGCUGUAUAAUGCAAAGUAGACAUAUUUGAAACUUUUGGUAAAUAAACUUGGUAAAGGUUAUUCCUUGCUUUUAGUAUCCAAUAAUAACCAGUGAUGGAAACAGGUAUUUUCUCUAAAAUGGUAAAUUAAGGUAACUUUAUAUUCCCGCCUUUAUAUUUAAUCGCUUAGUAUAAUUUGAUUCUAUUUAUCAGGUUGCUGGAAAUAUUCAUUAGUUCAUUAUAAUGGUGAUGGCAAUCUUUGAAUUAUUUAGGUCAUGCAAUCUAAAACACUUUUUGUAAUAAUGAAACACUAAUAUACACACUUCGACCUAUUCGCCAUCUGUUGUUCUGUAUCUUUGUGAUCCAUUGAAAAUCAUUUAUAUACCCUUCUUAGUCCUAGUUCUCCACUCAUAGUUAAAACGUGUUAUGUAUUUAAUUUCAGUAAAUAUUUUUAAUAUAAGAGCUUUGACACUUUAAAUUUCGUUUGUCGCGUGUACCAACUUUUUUUCUAAUCUGAAUUCUCGAGACAUAUACUUAAGAUUAAGGAAAUACUUAAGAUUGUGAUCACUUAAUCUGUCAAUCCAGAAGGUGAAACUUAAGUCUUCAAACAAUAAACUGGUAAUGAGAAAUAAUAUUUAAUUAUAAGAUAUUGUUUUUUUCUUCAUCGGCCAAUUCUAUUAGUUAUCAGCCUUAAAUCUGAUAUCUGUAAACAAGAUACUUCCCUCUUUCAGCUUUAAACUAAAGAAACCAUUUAGAUUUUCUUCCUAGACACAUGUGAAAUGAGGUACUCCACAGAAGCGCUAAGGAAUACAUAAUACUAAAAGUUUGGCCAGACGAUCUGCAGUCAUAUUUCUUUCAAUGUCCUCAUGAAAUCCUACUCAGAGGAUGGUAACUGUGUGCGAUGUGUCGAGUGGCUAUACCAAUUGAACACGGGUCCAGAAUAAGUUAGAUUUAUAUUUGGAAUCAAAGCUACCUUGCUAUUAAACAAGAUAUAAAGUUUUCUUCAUGGGUUCAUUCUAUUAUCGCUGUCACCUCGGCCUGAUAUUUUUUUUGGGAGGUGGGAAUCUUCUCAAGGCCGUCUGGGAAGGUGUCUCAGGUUUGUCGGAUUCGUUCCGUCCUAUCUGUAUCUUGACGGGCCGCCUACCGACUAAUCCCACUCCCUCUUUCUCCAUCCGACGGGUCUGGAACCGCUCUUAGCGAGCAUAUCUGACCCGUUGACCUUACUGGUAGCUCCCCUCUGGCACUUCUAGCGUGUAUUCCAUGAAUUGGUUGGCCGUAUAUUGGGUCCCCCAACCCAGGAUGGAACUAACCAGAGAAUGUCAGUUGGCAGUUACGAGCAACUCCAGUUAAUCACACUUUCAUCUAUGCAUGAUUUCUCAUCCAACCAUUCAUAGUUUCUUUCAUUCAACUCCAAACAUUCCUUACUUUCAUCUAUACACACUUACUCAUCCACCCAUUCAUUCUGACAUUUAGAUGGGGCAGUCUGUGUAGGUCGGAUGUAAAAGGUCCUUCCCCACUGUCUGUCCCAAAACGAUACAAAGCAUGCUAUAACAUACAAGGAAAGAACUAGAGUAAAAGCAGAUGAAAAGAAAAAGCAGAUAUAUGGCCGUUUUUCCUCCUAGGGUUUUGGAGAGAGUAAUUCAAGGUUUUUUUACUCUCCGGUCCAUUCACCUAUCUUUAAACAUAAUUUUUGGUUGUGGAAAUAAUAGUCAUUCUAUUUUUCCCGAUAAUUUAAGCUUCUGAAAUAGAAGUAUCAAAUAUAUUGGGUAUUUUAGAUAAACUAGUGAAUAGAGCCAGUAAUUUGUAUCUCAAAAAAUUGUAUAAUUUUGAAGUUUAAAUGUAUAAAAGUUUUUUUUGAAAACCCUUUUAUUUAUUUAAGCCAUGUGAAAGAUAUAAUAAUUGUAUUUUUCGUACUUAUUUGUGAUAACUUAUUAAUCUACGCGAUAUAGGGUCUACACCUUAUAUGUAUAUGUAUAUUUAUAUACAUACAUGUAUAAUACGUAUUUAAAAAAAAAUAAUGUGUCAUUUAUACAUAAUGCAUUUCCAAUUGCUAUAUAUGCUGUUUUCGGUGUCUUUUGUUAAGUUAUUUUGAUGUCUUUAUUCUGAAGACCACUGAGGUCUCCAGUCACGGACGGUUGAGGAUGGUUUUCCAAACAGAGUAUGAAUAUAUGAAAGUAUGAAAAGAAAGAAAGUAAGAAUACGUUACAAAUAAGUGUAUCAAUAAUAUACAAACAUCAAAUAUUAAUAAUUUUAUUAUAUUUGAAUUAUUCGUAAAAAGACUCACGAAUGGACGAAUGGAGGUAUGUAUGUACAUAUUUUCGAAAAUGAAGUAAAAAAUUACUUAAGACUUAAUCAAUAUGCAUUUGUAGUAGACUCGGAAUUCGGCUAGAUAAUUUAAACCUAAAAUAACAAAAUUCAGUUUGGCAACAUUGUGUGAAGAACAAAAUGCUUCAAAUUCCGGUAAAGUGAAUAGCAGAUUAUUUCUUAGUAAAUACUUGUCCAUAUAAACAAUUACGUUCGUAAUAGUAUAUUAUUCAACGAGCAUUUAAUGAUGGUCAUUAUGAUGCGAGUAUGACGGAUUUCGUAUAGAAUAGGAGCUUCAUAAUGAUAAUUAAAUGCGAGUUGUAUACAUGAUAUUUUCUAUGAUCGUUCACGAUAAAAAUAUAUAUUCAAACAUUUUCUUAAAAAUAUUUAAUUUUUAAAUUAAUCAGUUUGUUUACAUAUUGAGAACUGUCAAAGUAUAUGUAUGACUCGACAUUGGCCACUGCGCAUGUGCCAUUUUCAUCGCGAAUGUCAUCUCGUGAUUGUACUGGUUAAGAAUCUGUAUCAUAAUGAAAAUCUGUAUCUGUAUACAGGUAGUGAAAUAAUAAUUGAUAUAUUAAAGUAUGAGAGUAGAAAAAGCAUUGUUUCGGCAAUAUAAGGAUAAUAUAAGUGAAAUCUUAAGCCGGCCACUCACGAUACUUCGGUGUCGUUCGACAAAAUCGUCAAUGAUAUCAAUUCUGCAGUACAGAAGCCAGUUUCUUUGUGGUAAAAUUGUAACGAUUUUGUUGAAUGCACAGUUACACACGAUCAAAAUUUUUGUCAACUAGUCGAAUUCGACAAAAUUAAACGGCGCCGCAGUAUUUUUGAGUGGCUGGCUUUAUGGGCUUAUACAUAUAAUUAUUAGAUUAUUUGGAAACGUUUACAACUGUCAACCAUGUGAGGGGAGAUUUUAGUAGUCCACUAAAUAAACUUAGCAGCAAAAAUCCGCGAACCAGAAAUUAUGUAGAAGUGUGAUGUUUAUGACUGUUAUGAUUUUCCUAAAGAAAAUGUUAGAGGAUUUGAGUGUUGUUAAGUCAAUACUGUUUCAAAUGAAUAUUCUUCAGCUAAAAUAUUAAUGAAAAUUAUUCAAAAAUAAAAAAUUUACAUAUUAAGUAUUAAACAUGUUUACAAUUUUGGACGGUUUUUUGCUGGUAUAUUUAUUAUAAAUCUUUAUUGUAGUUCUAUUCUAUUGUUUAUUAUGUAGUUUUGUUAAAUCUUUAUAUAUAAAUAUAAAUAAAAACUCUAUGUAAUUAUUUGAACAGUGUAAUAUAGUAUAUAAAUAGUUUGUUUUGUUUUAGAACGCUGUUAAUAAUUUACAAUCUGUUAAGUUUCAAAACUGUUAGCAUUAUAGCAUUUAGGAUGUAGCUUUUCGUGUGUUAAGCAUGUUCUCCUGUAUUCUAAUUGUUAUAUAACGUACAGAUUGUUAAAUAAAUGUAGCAAAUGUGCCCACUCAUAUAUAA